GGUACCGGGACGAAAUUUGUGGUCUGUUCAUAUGGGAAAUUUCAACUCGGUCGACCGGGAUGAAAUUCAAGAAACACAACCAAAAUGGUGGAACAUAAACUUGUAACGUUCGUGACUGUCGUAGCUUUGUGGACUCUUGCAACUUUACCAAUAAACCUAAUUCGCAUACUGCUAAAGUGGAAAUACAUACAAGACAAAAAUUAUGCCAUUUUGGCCGCUAUGUUGCGAAAGCGAAACUAAUUUGUCUAAAAAGUUCCGUCCCGGUCACUGGGCUGGAGUGUUCGUAUGGGAAAUUUUCAUCCCGGUGACCGAGAUCCCGGUCUCAAAAACCGACAUCUCGGUUACCGGGCCAGCCAAGCUUCUCAUAUGAACAUUGACUUCCCGAAGGCCUUUGAUAGUUUGGAACGUAAUUUUCUUCAAAGAUGUCUAGAAUCAUUUAAUUUUGGUCCAAAUGUUAUUCGUUGGGUAAUGACUUUUUAUAAAAAUAUACGAAGCUGCGUUAUUAAUAAUGGCAUCACCUCUAAUUACUUCACAAUUCCACGAGGAGUUAGGCAAGGAGUUCCACUUUUUCCAUAUUAGGUGAUUGAGAACGCAUUAAUAUCUUUCGUUUAUCUUGUGCAUCUUAAGUUAACACUGAAGGAAAACCUUACAAUGGCGACGAGGAUGGGAUCGCGGUAAUUGCAGACGAAAAUCUUCGCAUUUGAAGCGCUGAACCAACCAAGAAAACACAUCAUCAAAAUCGACUUUGUUUUCGAUGUCUUCAGAUGAAUCGGAUCCUCCAUCGACCUCGGGACCUUCAUAGUCUUUAGGAACCCCUACCUACACUAUGGCUACAGCGAUCAACCUACCGACCUUUCCUGAGUUUGAGCUUCAACCGAGAGACACAGCAUCUACCCGUUUUGAGAAGUAUGUUAAGCGUUUGAACAACAUGUUCACAGCGAUGAGCAUUACCCAAGCGUCCCGAAAGAAAGCAUUAUGUUAGAGAGGAAACCUGCGAUGUGUUCGAAACUCCUACCGUACCAGAACCGAGCGAAGAGAGUGAUGAAUACAAAACUGCCGUCAAAGCAUUCGCCGAUUACUUCGAACCUCAGAAGUGUGUUGAUCAUCACUUGUACAUCUUUCGUCAGGAAUCGCAAAAGUCUGGUGAGAACAUCACCGAGUUUUACACGCGUCUUCAACUGCUGGUACGCAAAUGUGAGUUCGCCAAUACCGAGUUGGAAAUAAAGCGGCAAAUAAUUCAAGAUACUUCAUCAGUUCCCCUGAGACGCAAAGCCAUCGAGCAAAACCUCAACCUGGAGGGCCUGCUUAAGGCUGCUCGCUCAAUGGAGACCGCAGACGAGCAAACCAGCGAGACAGAGAAACAACAAUCGCACGCAGUUGGCCAUGGCAUUAACAAGACAAGUGACGAUCGAGAGGAGAGUUCCAGUGGUCCACCCAAGGUUGGCUCUCGCAACACUAAAUGCGGUUUAUCUGGUGGAAGUUAUCCACACCAAGGAACUUGUCCUACUCAAAGCAAGAAGUGUGUGGUGAACUGUGGCAAAUUAAAUCACUUUUCUGAAGUCUGCCGCAGUAAACCCAUCAAUCGUUCGAAAUCUACCCGUCCACGGAAACCUUCGAAAGGCAAGCACCGUGCCAGGCUUGUGGAUAGUAAAGGUCCUUCUGAUGACGAAGCUUUAACCCCGGCUACCGCUAAAAGUGAUAGCAGCGAAGAAUACACCUUCAAUACUGGCGCACAGGAACCCCAAACAGCCAAACCCAUCUUUCAGGUCAAGAUAAUGGACACACCGAUCCGCAUAAUGGCAGACUCAUAGGCGACGGUCAACAUUUUGAGCAAGAAGGACUUUGAUGGUCGAAAAGAGAAGCCCCAACUGACGAAGACAAAUGUCAAAGUGUACCCGUAUAUGUCCAGUAAGCCACUAAACCUAUGUGGCAAACUCAGAGUCAGUGCAGCUAGUGGUCACCUUUCAUCAGAAGAGACAUUCUGCGUGGUAGAGGGCUCUUCAGGAUCCAUUCUUAAAUGGAUAACAUCACAAAAGUUGAAUCUCAUCAAAGCUGUAAGCACAGUUGAACAACCUCCUGCGAACCUGCCACCUGGUGUGCCACACUUCCUCGAGGACUUUCCCCGUUUUCUUAAUGGUAUGGGUGAAUACAAAGGUGAACCAGUUCGCAUACACGUAGAUGAAUCUGUAGACCAGCGGCGCAGCCGUACCGCCGCAUCCCGUUCCAUGUGAGAAAGCAGGUAGAAGACAAGCUAAGACAACUGGAAAAUGAGGACAUCAUUGAGUGAGCUGAGCGCCCGACGCCUUGGGUCUCGCCAAUUGUAGUUGUGCCCAAACCAUCAAAGCCGAAUGAAAUCAGAAUCUGUGUUGACAUGCGGUCCCUCAACUAUGCUAUCAUCAGGGAGCGGCACGUCAUUCCUACCACUGACGAUGUGGUGUCAGACCUCAAUGGGUGCAAAGUCUUUAGUAAGAUUGAUCUCAAUCAAGGGUACCAUCAGGUCCCGCUCCACUCUGAUUCGAGACAAUUCACGAC